AUGAAGCAACAGCUAUUGUAUCUAUUCUUAUUCUUGGCUAUAACCACUUCAACAGCUGUAGCCCAACAACAAGCAAAAAAUUCACAAUGUCCAGCCAAUACAUUCUCAUGUAAAGAUGGUUCCUGUAUACCGUUAGACUGGGUUGGCGACGGUGAACGAGACUGUGAUAAUGGAGCUGACGAAAGUACCUUUGUAAAGCCGCAGCCAAAAGUUUUUGCUGCUAAUGGUACCAAUAAAAUAUUUCGUGGUGCUAAAGUUGCUGCAACACAAGAGGAUACUGUUGAUGAUCCAUUUGAUCAAAUUUCCACUAAAACAUCGCCAUCACCAACGUCAGAUGAGCAGCUAAAGUUGGAAACAGAUACUACUGACGUACAGCCGGACAGUGCUCUAUUGGCAACUGAACGACAAGCUCAACGUACCGAAUGCCCCAGUGAUGUUCAGUUACGUAUAUCGCAGUGCUCUGAAGAUUUUGUUGAAUGGUCAAAAAAAAUUGCAACUUCUGAUUUUGUUAAUAAAUCUGCAUUAUUUGACGAAGAAAGGUAA